GUUCAGCAAUGUCGCGCCCACAUCGACAAAGACCUUGCUGCAUUGGCUGAGUCCAUGCGCGUCCUUCGCUCUCGCAGGAAUGGUCUAGCAGGUAUAUCUUGCCUCCCACCCGAGAUUCUCGCGAAUGUCUUUAAGCAUUUCGCAGAAAAGAAGUCUGAUAAGAGCACAUCCCACGCUCCUACCUGUCUGAUAGUCACACACCUCUGCAGGCACUGGCGCCAAGUCGCCCUCGAGUGCCCGGCUCUCUGGUCAUCUAUAUCUAUCAGUUCUGUCUCCCUUCCUUGGAUACCUGUCAUGCUUGAGAGGUCGAAGAACGUUGCUUUGGUCAUCACAUACAAUACACUAGUCACGCUACGACAUCACUUGGAGCAAGUUCUUUCACAGCUACCUCGUAUCAAAGUCCUCCAUCUUUGCUCAUAUACAUCGGAAUUCGAUCGCGUUAUUGACUUGCUAUCGUUGCAGCCCGCACCAUUGCUUUAA